GGUUUGUUUAGGGUGGUUAUUGCUGUUUUUACGGUAGUCUGUUUCAAAGGGCCGCUUAUUCUUUUUUCCCCGUUGCAGGUAAUCAAGAGCCUUGGUUACAACCGACUGGUCCUACAAAUAGGGAGAGGAAAGGUGGUACCCGAACCAUUCAGUACUGAGUCAUUUACUCUGGAUGUUUACAGGUACAAGGAUUCAUUGAAAGAAGACCUUCAGAAAGCCGAUCUUGUUAUUAGUCAUGCAGGUGCAGGAAGCUGUUUGGAGACUCUGGAAAAAAGAAAGCCACUUGUAGUGGUUAUCAACGAAAAGUUGAUGAACAAUCAUCAGCUGGAAUUGGCAAAGCAGCUGCAUAAAGACGGGCAUCUCUUCUACUGUACCUGCAGGUAUACUAGACACUGAUGAUUUGACCUCUUAAUUCCUGCCUAGCUAUUCUUACCCACCUACCUAACCCCGUCUAUCUCUUUGACCUCUUACCUUCUCCUACUUAUCAGUCAUACUUUGAUUUUCUCACCUGUAAAACCUCAUUUGUUUAUCUUCACUUUGUGAUCUCUGUGUAGUAUUUCUUUCUGUAUCUAUGGCUGUUUCCUUGCAUGUGAAUAUUUGAAUGUAUGUGUGCGCGUGUAUGUAUAUAUGUUCGUCUGGGUGCACAAGUCUCCUAGUAUAAUUUUUUGGUUCAUUAUUUAGAUUUUCAUUAUUCAAGGAAGACGUUUGCUUUUAAUUAAGGUGUUGGCUUCAGUAAACACUGGAAUCCCUAAAUUAAAUUUAUUCAUUCAUUAAUUCAACUACACCUAAUAAGUGGCAGGCAUUGUUUUAGGUGCGGUGGAUACAUGGGUAAACAGGAGAUAAAGUUCCUGCUUUCACAGUGUUCAUGUUCUAGUGGUUGGGGACAGACAAUAAACGAUUAUAAAUGAGCAAUUCAGAUAAUUUCACAUGGUGAAAUGUAUUAUGAGGAAAAUAAGGCAGGGUGAUGUGAUAGCUGGGGUGAAGACUGAUUAGAUAGAAUGGCCAGGGAAGGCAUGACUGGCUAUAUGACAUGUUGAGUUGAGACCUGAAUGACAAGAAAGAGCCAGUCAUGUGAAGCUCUAGAGACAGAGGGAGCAGCAAUUGCAAAGGCCCUAAGUUAGAAAUGAGCUUGGAGUUUGGUGUGUUUGAGGAACAGAGGGAAGCUUAGUGUGGCAGGAGUAUAGUGAGCAAGGGAGAGUAUAGUAUAAGAUGAGGCUGGGCAGGGUUAGCUCAUAUGGCAGUUCUGAUUUUAUUCUAUGUUUAGUGAAAAGCCAUUGGAGUAUUUUAAACAGGAGUAACUUUAUGGUAAGGAGUGUUAUUUUCUGGAAGUAUAUUAGAAUUCAACAAGAACUGAUCAACAUCACAAUAGAAGGAUGAAGAAAAUUGCUGGUUGGUUUUCUAUUAAUUCUUCUUGAGACGCUAGAAACUUGCCAAAGCGUCAGGUCAGUAAUUCCCAAUUGUUUGACUUUACAAGCUAUCCUAAUUUAUUGUUUUAAAAAAUAAAAGCCUCAUAGAAGUAUUACAAAAUACAUAUUUUUCUUAUAAUAAUUGAAAUUAAUUUUAAAAUAAAAAAUAAACCUUAGAAGAAACUGGCUAGAACAUAAUAAGCUUUUCUUUUAACUUUACUGUGUCUGUCUCUUAGGCACCCAAUAAAUACUUGUUCAUUCGUUAAAUAUUUGUUGAGCACCUACUCUUUGCCAGGCAUUAUUCUAGGCACUUGGCGUACAUCAGUGAACAAAACAGAUUCCUGUUCUCAUUGAGAGGAGACAGCUUCAUUGAUUGUUUCAGGAGCAAUUGUUGGUGUCCUAAUCUCUAUAAUGAUGGAGGAGAGGGACUGUCAGAGUGGCUU